ACCAAUAGUAACGUUCGAUCUGACUCAGCUCCUACACAAAGCUGCCACAACCCGCUUCUCUAACGUCGUUUCAGGGCUUGUUUUGUGCUUGGGGCCCUGUGUGGAGAAGUUAGUCAGUGUUGUGUAGUUGUGUGCAUACUUUCUUCCGUCUGUGUGUCAAACUUAUGAACUUGUUUCACAGUCAGGCUGCGGGAGAGAGUGAAGACGGUCUCCUCGUCCAAGACAGUCGGCAGAAAUGAAGAGCCAACAGAAAAGCCCUGAACCAGAUGGGAGUGUUACUGUCAACGAGGAAGGGUCCGUAGCCACCGCAGAGGACCCGGCUGCUAUUGCCACCAUUCAGUCUGCUGCCACCUUCACUGAUCAACCCAUCAAAUAUCUCUUCAAGACAGAAGGAGCAGGCGGACAGGUGACCUACAGGGUGAUCCAGGUGUUGGAUGGUCAGCUGGAAGGUCAGACAGAUGGAGCCGCGGCGGUCAGCCUGGUCACAGGUUUCCCUGCAACCACUCAGACUGUCACGCAGGCAGCGGCGCUGAGACACAGUACACCUACUAUCCCGCCACCAUCGCAGACGCCACAACUGGCACCAUGGUGACCACAGUGCAGGCAUCUGAUACGCUGCUGGGACAGACCACACCCACAGGGCAGCUCUAUGUGCCUUGCGUACGUCGUAUAUCAACGUGAUGACGUAUGUGUCGGAGGCAACUGUGUUUGAGUACGUUUGGGUUUGGGGUAAUGUGAGUGCGAGCCAGCAGGGGAGGGGGGACAUUCGUGUUUCAGCACGGUACGGAAUAACUAGCCUUAGUGUGAGUGCGCCCUAGAGUCUCUGGGUACGGCACACCGGGUUCAUCCACGCCAUCAUCAAAAGGUUGUGUUAUGAGGUCGAGCGGGGGUUUCCAGCUCUCGACCAUCAUAGAGGGGCUGAGUCCAGUGCUGUCAUGUGGGGCUGUACGCAGCGCAAAGCAGAUCUGGGAGAGAAACUUAUCCCCCGAAAUGUGCUUGUCCCCAACGUAAACACGUAUGGCAGUUUUGAGUGUCUCGGUUUACGCGUUCUGUCUCUUUUGUUUGAGGGUGGUAAGCAGUAAGGAGGUUGUCAGUUUGU